AAAAUAAGGCAAGAAAUGCUUUGACUGAGCUCUUUAAGAAAUUUUAACUUGGGCAACAUUCAAAAUAUACCUAGUAGCCCUUAAACGUACAAGAUUAAAGUAAAAUGGAAUUGCUCCUCGAGAUGGAAGCGAGCAGAGUGGUUACACGGCUGUUAACAGACAUUGAAUAAAGAUGUCCGCUACAGAGACUGUUCAAGAAGGCAAAGAUGACAAUGUCAACAAGCAGACAAACCAGCUCUCGCUGCCGGAAAGAAGGUCACGAGCCAGUUCGCUGCUUCAAAGACUCGGAGAAGAACGAGAAGCUCCUGACCCAGUCGGACAAUACACCAUUCAAGUGAAUGAGAGCGAAAUAAAAGAUCAUCGGCAAGUAUACCUUGGUGUUCAUAUACCAUUCAAACCGACGAGGUCACGGCGAAGCCAGUAUCGCAAGAAAUCAGGAAAAAACGACUCAAAAGACAAAACGGCAAAUGGGACAAUUGGUUAUCAAGGUCCAGCUGACAGGGUCCGAUUUAUUCUGGGAAGUGACGAUAACGAUGUUGAACGUCAGAUAUUUUCGGAAAUGGAUGAAUUGUGUUGUGAUGCAACUGGAGAAGAAGAGUGGAAGGAGACAGCAAGAUGGCUGAAAUUUGAAGAAGACGUUGAAGAAGGUGGCAAUCGAUGGAGUAAACCUCACGUGGCCACUUUAUCUCUGUAUAGUUUAUUUGAACUGCGAAGCUGCGUUCUUAAUGGGUCUGUAUUGCUUGACUUAAAUGCAAACACAAUGUCUCAGAUCGCAGAUAUUGUUCUGGACGAUUUGAUUGCUACAAGGCAACUUGAUUUUGCUUUACGACCUCGGGUUAGGGACAUUUUGUUGAAAAAACACAAGCAUUUGUAUGAAAGAAGAAAAAGUACGCAAAAAAGGAGAGCUAGUCUUCCGUCUUUGAGGGGAAACAGAAAAGCAAGUGUUGCCGCGAGUAAUUUCGACAAAGGUGGCAGUGACGGUAACGGGGGGAAAAAUGUUACCAAAUCAUCCACAGGAACUCGUCUACAAGAUAUGGACAAAUCUCAUUCUAAAGUCUCAAAAGUGCCCACUGCGGCGUCAUUAGUUGGUCAAAAUGAUGCUGAACCUGAAGAGACUAAUACAAAUGAACCUGAUCAAGAAUAUGCAAAGUAUGAUACAAAUUUCAUGAAAAAGAUCCCUCCAGGAGCCGAGGGUUCUAUGGUUCUCGUGGGAGAAACAGACCUUCUUAGUAAACCAAUGAAUGCAUUUGUUCGUCUGGAAGAUGCCGUAAUUCUUGGCGAUAUGAUGGAGGUUCCUUUACCAACGCGAUUCUUAUUCUUCAUGCUUGGACCAUCUGGACAGCCAGGACGUUACCAUGAAGUAGGAAGAGCUCUUGCUACACUCAUGGCUGAUGAGGUAUUUCAUGAUGUUGCUUUUAAAGCCGCGUGUCGCGAAGACCUCGCCGCUGGUAUUGACGAAUUCCUUCAACAGGUUACCGUGUUGCCACCCGGGGAAUGGGAUCCAUCUAUCCGCAUAGAACCUCCGGCAACAGUUCCCUCACAAGAAAACCGCCGAGCACAACAAUAUACAGGUGAUGGCGACAAACAAAGCAAGGAAAAUGGUGUUGGUGUAAAAGGAAGUGGAAACAAUGGUGGUGGAGAUGACGAAGGAAAUGAUAAUGAUAAUGAACUGGUUAGAACUGGAAGGUUUGGAGGUGGCUUGAUUAUGGAUAUUAAAAGAAGAGUCAAAUGCUACAAAUCAGAUUACGUUGACGCGUUAAACAGCCAGUGUCUAGCAAGUGCUUUGUUUAUUUACUUCGCUCUUUUGGCACCAAUUGUCACAUUUGGAGGGGCGAUGGAGUCGAGAACAAAGUCAUAUAUGGGUGCUAUGGAACAACUGUUGGCCGUUUCCAUUGGUGGCCUUUUGUUUUCGCUUUUCUCUGGUCAACCUCUCAUCAUACUUAGCGCCACGGGCCCAAUGUUGGUGUUUGAGGGAAUUCUCUACAGCUUUUGUGAGAAUGCUGAAUUGGAUUACAUGCCAUUUCGAAUGUGGAUUGGUUUGUGGACCUCUUUCUUCUGUGUACUCCUCGUGGUCACUGACUGCAGUGCGCUGGUUCGAUAUUUCACUCGAUUUACUGAAGAAUCGUUUGCCACUCUCAUCGGCUUGAUCUUUAUCUACGAAGGAGGAAAUAAACUUUACAAAUUAGCCAAAAAGUACCCGGUCCCAAAUGACCAGGUGGUUAUCCAAUCCUGUGAAUGUAUGAGAAAGAGCACGACAUACAAUAAUAUAACAAACAUAUCAACAACGGAGUACUAUUCCACAAACAAAACGAUUUAUGACUGCGAUCUCGAGAACAAAGAGGUCAUUUAUGGAGAUGGCUGCGGUGGUGCUGUAUUCCUUCUGUCAACAAUUCUUACUUUGGGAACAUUUUUCUUGGUGAUCAAAUUGAAAAGCUUUAAAACUUCACGAUUUUUUCCAACCAAGGUACGCAAAGUGGUGUCUGACUUCGCUGUAAUCAUCUCCGUCAUUGUAAUGGUUGGCGUCGACGUUGCACUAAAAGUCGGCACACCAAAAUUAAAUAUUCCCACCGAGUUCCGUCCAACAAACCCUGAAGCGCGUGGCUGGCUUAUCACACCUCUUGGUAAGAAUCCAUGGUGGACUCUGAUUGCAGCAUCCAUUCCAGCGCUGCUGACAACAAUAUUAGUAUUCAUGGAUCAACAGAUCACUGCAGUAAUUGUGAAUAAAAGGGAGCAUAAAUUGAAGAAAGGUGCUGGAUAUCAUUUGGAUCUCGCAAUCGUAGCUAUUGGAAUUGGGGUUAGCUCCAUUCUUGGUCUACCGUGGGUCGUUGCUGCCACUGUCGAGUCCCUGUCUCAUGUCCGGAGUUUGUUUGUUGAGUCCACGUGCACAGCUCCUGGAGAAAGACCAAAGUUUUUUGGAGUCAGAGAACAACGUCUAACUGGAAUAUUUGUGUUUAUCAUGGUUGGCAACACUGUAUUUUUGGGAAAAUUCUUAAAGUACAUCCCAUUGCCGGUGUUGUACGGAUUAUUCAUUUACAUGGGAGUUUCGGCUCUUAGAGGUGUCCAGUUAUUCGAGAGAAUAAAGAUCCUAUUUAUGCCAUUGAAACAUCAACCAGACAGAGUGUAUCUACGAAAAGUUCGCAUCAGUCGGAUUCACAUUUUCACUGGAAUUCAAUGCACAUGUUUGGUGGUUUUAUGGGUUAUUAAGGCAACACCUGCUGCAAUCUCUUUCCCGUUAAUGGUGUUAGCUCUUGUAGCAGUGCGUAAAGUGAUGGGGAAAAUAUUUACAAAACACGAAUUGGAGGUGCUCGAUGAUGUCAUGCCGGAGUCAAUGAAGAAGAAAAUAGAAGAAGCUGAUGAAAUGGAUGAAGAUGAGAUGAAAAAUGAAGGAGAACCGGUUGCAAAGUUGGUAUAUAAUGACAGUGGCAUAAACAUCACUGAAGAGGUCAAGAAUUGCACAAUUUGGAAAUCCAUGGAAAGUAACCAACAAAAUGCAGAUCGAAGUGACCAACCCCGCGAACGCAAAAAUUCUAAACGCAAAAAUAAGCAUAAACACAAACACAAAUAUAAGCACCAUCGCCAUCAUGGAGACGUCUCUGGCAAUGACGGGAAACUCCUGAGCGUUCCCGAUAAGCCGGAUAUGGAAACCUUAGCGAACGAAGAUGAUACCGAUUCACAGGCAAUUCCGCUAGUGAUUCUUACAGCCGAUGACGAAAACGACCCGUCCGGUAAUGGGACUACGGAAACUACAAUAAAUCCAGAAAAUGAUGGUGAGCAACAUGACAAGGACACCAAACCACUCAGACCCGUCAGUGUUUAGAAAGACAUUUCACUCCGGAUGAUGUCUAGCCAGCUAUUAAUCUUAAUAUAAAUGAAGGGAAGUUGUUUAAUUUAUAUGGAUUUUUGGGAUAUUCAACAACAAGCGGAUAAUGUACAAUUUGCAUUAUUGAAUAUAUUUUCUUUAAAGUUAUUAUACAAAAAAAUUGUAAAAUCGGUUACGUUUGGUUGCGUAAUGGUCUAGAUCUAAAAAGCGUAAGAAAGUGUAGCAUUGGAAGUCUUGCAUAUUUUAGUUCAUUUUGUGGCACAAAAGCACAAAUGUAUAGGAAAGCGCUAUGAAAAGUGACCCAAAUGUGCUGUUUUGAAUUCCAAAAUUCAGGUCCGAAAUAUAUUUAGGUUGAAAGUAGUCAUCGUUCACCUCCACCACAGAUUUAGCGACGCUACUGUAUCAAUUUUUCCUUCGGGUGGGGGACUGUUUGGUAAAAAUUUUCGCACGUAAUUUAGCAAGGUCUUAUCAGUUUUACGCAUUUUAGAUACAUCUCAAUAUAGCAACCGAACUAUCCAAUUUUAAUUUUUUUUUGUCCGCUCUUUCAUUUCCGCGGAUAUUAAUUUUCAUCUUCAUAUUUGGUCGGAAAUAAGACAAAAAUAAUUCAAAUUGUUCAUUAAUCCUAUAUCGGUUGG